GCGCGCAGGGGUGGGGCGACUUUGGCCUGCCGGUUAACCAAGUCGGAGGUCGUGCCAGACUCGGUGCUGUUUGGCUGUUGGCUCCGCCUCGGCCGGCCCCGCCUCACCCGAGCCCGCCCGGUCACCCCUGUUACCGCGGAAGAAGAGCGCGCUCCUUCUCUGCCUGGCUCCUGAUUUUAUCAGCACUGGCUCCUGAUUUUAUCAGCACUGGAGGAUCUGCUGCUGCCCACAGCUUUCUGACUUCAGAGCCAAAGAGCUGUGUAGUACAGACCUUCAUGAGCCGGUACCAGGCAGCCCUGCUGGGUCUAGGCCUGCUGCUCAUGUUUCUCCUGUAUGUGGGGCUGCCUGGCCCGCCUGAGCAGACUUCCCAGCUCUGGAGAGGCCCCAAUAUCACAGUCCUGGCUGGUCUCACCCGAGGCCACUCUCAAAUCUUUUACCGUGAGGUGCUGCCUCUCCAGCAAGCACACAGGGCAGAAGUUGUGUUUCUCCAUGGAAAGGCAUUUAAUUCCCACAUAUGGGAGCAGCUGGGUACGCUGCAGCUCCUGUCAAAGAGGGGCUACCGGGCUGUGGCCAUUGACCUUCCAGGUUUUGGGAACUCAGCGCCUUCACAGGAAGCAAGCACAGAGGCAGGGCGAGCGAAGCUGCUGAAGCAGGUGCUGCGGGACCUAGAGGUGCAGAAUGCUGUACUGGUGAGCCCCUCACUGAGUGGCAGCUAUGCCCUGCCCUUCUUGAUGCGAAGCCACCACCAGCUACGUGGAUUUGUGCCCAUUGCACCCACCUCCACACGGAAUUACACGAAGGAACAAUUCUGGGCUGUGAAGACCCCAACUCUUAUCAUGUUUGGGGAACUGGACCACACCUUGGCGCGAGAGUCACUUCAGCAGCUCCACCACCUGCCCAACCACUCUGUGGUGAAGCUAUACAAGGCGGGACAUGCCUGCUACCUCCACAGUCCAGAAGCCUUUCACCAUGCCCUUCUUGAGUUCCUUGACCAUUUGCCUUGAAUCAACUCACUUCCCAGAACUGACCCUGAACGGUCUAGACCCUCUCUCCUCUUCCAGAGAGGCCGGCCCUGUGUGGGAUUGGGGACAGAGGAUCAAGCCCAGCCAGGACUUUUGAUUCCAUUUCACAGGCACAAUAAAGAAAAGCCCUUUUGUCUAGCCUGGA